ACAAGGUCUCAGACCAUGGUCAUGGUUGAUCAUCAGUCUACUCCGAUUGAGAUUCAGUACAACAAUUUAAGUGAAAUAAUUUGUCGAGAAUAAUUAUUCGAUUAUAGUUGUGAGGACAAUUUGAUCAGGAUGUCGAUUGAUUUCUCAAUUGUACCACUCGUUGCAGCUUCUGCUGUGAGUAUAGGUACUAUUGCAAGGCUGCUAAAUCCGAGAAAAUAUUUACCAACUGAUGACAAUAUGCCAAGGGACUACAGAGGCCUUGCGUAUUUGUUAAAUUUCAAUAAUGAGGUUAUGUCAGUACUUUUUUCACACGAUAAUCCAACAACGCAUAUAUUCACAUUACUAAAUGAUAAACAAUAUGUAAAUAUCACAAUAAAAAGUUUUCAAGAAAUAAUGGAGAAGAUUGAUAGAUGGGAUGUUAUUAAAAAGACUCUAGCAUCCUUAGAAACCGAUGCUAUAAAAUAUUUAGAGCAGCAGGGUGAUGCUGAAACAGCAGCAGAUAAAGUAAAUGAUCAAGAUCAAGAUAUGCUUACCUUAGCCGAUAUUUCUAGAUUAAAGCAGGGUUUAGAAGUACAGCAUUACGAUGCAUUCCUUUUAUAUGCGGACGAGGAUAUUAAUUUCGUGAACGAGAUGGUAGAAAAGCUUGAAACAGAAUAUCAGUUGAAGCUGUGUUUAAAAGAUCGAGAUCUAAUCAACGGUGUAUUUGAGCACGAUGCAAUAAUGAGAUUAAUAUCUGAACGAUGUAACAGAUUGCUUAUUAUAUUAUCACCUAAUUUCUUGAAAUGUUCAGCAAACAAAUUUCUUUUAAGUUUUACUCAAGCACUAAGCAUAGAGAAACGACAGAGAAUACUCAUACCAUGUAUAUAUGAAAGAUGUGAAGUGCCGCUUCAAUUAAGAUAUAUAUAUAACUUGGAUUACAAUUGUAAAGGCUUAUACGACUUUUGGGGCAAAUUGAGCAACAGCAUAAAAGCUCCAAAUUCCAGUUGUAUUACAAGCUCUGUGAAACAAGAAACUGCAAAAAGUUUUUCUGACGAACGUAUAUCUCAGCCUGCAGUUCAAGAAAAAGAAGCAUUAAAUUCACAAGAGAAGGUCGAAUACAAAGUGGCUAUAACAAAAAUGGAUGACACGCAAACUGUGAAUAAUAAUAGUAAAAAGAAUAAGACAUUAUUAAGAUGGAUAAAACCUUUAGGAAAUUCGAAGGCGAAACAAACUAAACAAAAUAGCCAGUUAAUUAAAAAACCACUUGACAGUGUGUCAUUAGAACUGGACAAUUUACCAUCAGUGGACAAUAUGGACAGUUUAAGCGAUUUAGAUAUACCUGAGAAAAAGAAACAUUUUUUUAACAAGUUUAAAAAGAAAAGGAAAGCAGAGAAAAUUGCUAUGAAGAUCUGAUAGCAAAUCUUUAAUAGUGAGAACAUUGUAUAUGACACAUUCCAUUUUAUGUGCAUUUAAUAUAUAUUUUAUGUACAGAGAGAAUAUUGAAUAUCGAGUGUGUAAAGACUAAGAAAUUUAAUAUAAAAAACUAUUUAAGAACAUAGGAAGUUUUAAAAAGAAAGUAUAUGUACAUAUGUAUAGAGUUUAACGUAGCAUUUGUAUAUUUUCUUAAGAGAUAAAGUUAGAAACAACUCAUCAAUUUAGUUUCUGUAAUAUUAUAUUCCAGUAAGUUUUCUUGUGAGUUAACUGUUAAUUAUUUUAAGUAUUUUGUAAAUGUGAUACGUCCAAUAUUACUGAAUCGAUCGCGAGAACGCACGAAGCAAAAACUAGAUUUAAUCCUGUUUUAAAAAAAAAGCGAACGAGUUUCACACAAUAUCGUAUAAUUGCAAAACGAAAUAAUUACGUCGCUAAUAAAAACUGGCAUAC